AAUGCUGUUAUCUUUUUGUUUAUUACAGAAUAACGUUCGAUUGACAUCUCAACAACAAUAUUUUGUUGUUGUUGUUGGUGGUGGUUUAUAAAGUGAUUUAAAGUCGUGGAAAUUUUUAUUUGAAGUUUCAAUUUUGAAACUCAAUCAUCAAACAACUAUCAAUUUAUCAACUAAGGUGGAGAGUGAUGAGAUGGAGAGUAAUUGAUCAGUCAUGAAGAAUGCAUGGUUAAAAAAGCAUUUACAUCUUAAUUAGUUAUUCCCAUAGGAUCAAACGAACAUUUAUAACCACGACAAGAAAAAAAGGAAAAAUGAAAACAAAUAAGACUCACUGGCAAGAAUUUACUUGUUAACUUUUGAGGAUGUUACGGAAGCGACUUGGUAAGCAAAUGAAAUUGCUUUCAGUACUGAAAGCCAUCGACCAAAAUGACAUCGAUAAAGUUCGACAAAACGUGGUAAAAAUGAACAAUCUAAAUCAGCACAUCUCCAUAGCUUACGGUGCAGAUACUACCUUGCUAUGUCGAGCAGCAAGGAACGGUUAUGUAGACAUCGUCAGACUGUUAGUUAAUCAAAGAGCUGAUGUGAAUGUGUCGGAUGGAGAAAAUAUUUUUCCAUUAGAGAUCGCUACAGAACUAAAUCAUGUAGCCGUUACGAAAGAGCUCCUCAGUAGAGGCGCAAAUAAGAAGUUCUCGAAAGCAACGUGUAUACACCUCGCAGCUGCGAACGGUCAUAUUGAAAUUAUUAAAAUUCUUCAACAAUAUACCGAUAACAUCGAUAUACAGGACGAGAGGGGUGAUACUGCUCUUCACCGUUGUGUUCAAUAUGGUCAUCACGAGGUAGCAAAAGCAUUACUUGACCAAGGUAUUAACGCUAAUAUUCAAAACUACGAUGGAAACACAGCACUCCAUCUAAGUUGCUUUAGAAGACAAGUGAGUACAGUUAAUAGUUUAAAAUGUGCAAAAGUUCUACUUGAUUAUGGCGCACAAAUUGACUUGCGCAACUACGAUGGAAACACACCCGAGGAAGCCGCGUACGAUAAAAGUCUCUAUAAUCUUAUAACCGGGCAGAGAAGAGGACCUGACAGAUCUAUUUCGAUUUCAAAAUCCCUCUCAUCUCCGACAAAAAACCCACAAAACAGUGCAGUUGAGCUAAAUCAAAUUUCUGUGGAACAGUCAGGAGGAGAGCGUAAAGAGACACCUAAAGUUAAAUUAAUCAAACUAGAAGGUGAAAUCGAAACUUGUCGAAAUAAGAUCGCGUACCUAAAAAGCGAUAUUGCGACACAAGAAGAACAUAUAGAAAAACAGAAAAAACGUCUAAAAAGAAAAGAGAAAGCGUUAAGAGAAAAGAUAAAACAACGAGAUAUACUAAAAGAAAAAAUCUUCCAAUCAGAAAACGAUACUGGCUUGGUGUUAUCUAUGACACGAUGUUUCCAACGACCAGUGAGUUACUUGCUUUCCUGCUUUACUUAGACACAUCUAAGAGGGGUUUUCGUUGGAGAGAUACCUAGCUAUCAGUGGCCACACAGACUAAGCUGUCAAAAAGAAAAAUUUCAUUUCAAGCACUUCCCGCUUGAUGCAAAUUCAAAUCUGCUGUUUCAAAUUUUUACACAAAAUUAGGCUAGUAUGUGACGAGACAUAUAUUUGUAUACUGCUGUAAAUAUUGGAGUUAUCGUCCUUGUGUGUGGGGAGAUUUUGUAUAAUUUAUACUUGUAUAAUUAACUUUUAAAUUAUCUCGUUCAUAUAAAAAAAUCCAAUCCAAAAGAAAAUCCAACAUAUCAAAAAAGUCUCAUCCUCUAUAUUGGCUUAACAAUAAAAAACAUGGUUAGCGCUGGAGACCACGGGAGGGGUUGGGGAGAGGUUUAAUUAAUUAACAAAAAGAGUGUCUAAUUUAAAUAAUCGAUGCAUGAC